AUGAAUCCCAUGGACAGCGACAAAAAUUCAUCGAUCCCGGGCCGCCGAAUAGCGUCGAGGCUGAGCAGUGAGACCUCUGAUAACCAAACUACUCCGAAUUUCAAUGGGAAAAAGCGGGACGAAAUCUUUCGUGCUUGCGAAGCCAGAGAUAUACAUGCACUGGCCUCCCUUUGCUUAUCAGAGGGAGGCCUACUGCAAGAUGAUCUCCGCCAGGCUGCGUGGCCUAUCCUAUUGGGAUACGAUCCCAACUCAAAUCAUCUCACAGGGUCCGAGUGGACAAAAAUGCCUGUACAUGACGAUGAGGAGCAGGUGAAAUUGGAUGUUGAUCGGUCCUUUGUACAUUACCCAAAUUGCCAAAGCGAAAAGGAGCUAGAUGGGAAAAAGAAACAACUAUCAGAACUGAUAACUAAAAUCCUCAGAAAAUAUCCCAUGUUAUGCUAUUUCCAAGGCUACCAUGACAUCGCACAAGUCCUGUUACUGGUCCUCGGUGUCGAGCAAGCUAGCAGCGCACUUGAGCGAAUAUCCCUCUUCCGGAUACGGGAUUAUAUGCUCCCAACGCUGGCACCAGCACUUAAGCACCUCCAUCUCAUCCCGGCUAUCAUCCACUCCUCCGACCGCAAACUAUACCGCCACUUGUCUGGCACGAAACCCUUCUUCGCCCUUGCAGCAACCCUGACCCUAUAUGCCCAUGAUAUCCAAGAAUACUCAGACAUAGCUAGAUUAUAUGACUUCAUUCUGUCCCACGAACCAGUCGUAUCCAUAUACCUCUUUGCCGCUGUAAUCCUCUCGCGGAAAAAGGAACUCUUCGAAAUCCCCCUUGACGAGCCGGAAAUGAUUCAUUUUACACUCUCGAAACUGCCCCACCCAAUAAAGCUCGACGGCCUGAUUUCCAGCACCAUGGAGUUGUACUCUACUCAUCCGCCCGAGAAACUGCCCUUUCGCGUAUGGAAGAAAAUCCCCCGAAGUAGCGUGCUUAAGACGUCACGGGAUCUUAGUCUACAGGCGAUACCAAAGGAAGCGAUGGAGCUGCUAGAACAGCAGAAACGAGAUAUACGGCGGGGGGAGCUACGGGAGAAGGCUGUGCGGGUAAUGUGGAAGUAUAGACGACCCGCGGGUUCGAUUGGGUUGGCCGUAUUUGUUGGUGUUCUUUCAUACUGGAUUAUGAAGAACGAGAGCAGUACCAUGCCUGUUUGGCGGCUUUUUUGGGGGCGAUUUAGGAGUGCCUUUCAACGGUUGUAG